AGGAUGAUUCAGCGGUAGGCUAUAGACGAGAUGCAGAAAUCUUGAAACUUGUUGUGUGAUUUCACCGCUACAGCUAGUAGUUAUUCACCGCGUUUUGCUUUCAGUUUUCAAAGGGAUAAUAGGCGGAUUGAUUAUUCAUGAGUGUAGUUUUCUCCUUUAAAUCUAUUUUACUGUGAGCGUGUUGGUUUAAGAUAAGGAAACUAUAUAAUUACUGGAAAAAUGGAUGGUAAUUGAAUUCAUGUUUUGCAAGACAUUAGUAAAUUUAAAUUGGAUAACUCAUUGAAUAUUCAUGACAGAUAUUCGUGAAGACUCGGGUUUACUAGUCCUACACUAAAUACGAUCAAUCUAAGGAAUUGUUAUAAAAUCUUAGAAAGAAAAAGGACUACCAAUGAAUUAAAUGUUCACUGCAAUUUGAUUAAAGAUUGAAAAAUGUUAAAACAUCGCGUUCAAACGGCAGCAAACCCACAACAUGACAUGGCGAACUAUGCUGGUACACAGAAUGACGUAACCCCAUCUUCAACAGUGUGCUCUGGUUCCCAGUCUGUCAUGCCAGCUGAUGCCGUUAAUUAUUCUGGUGCUCAGCAAAAUAUUCAAUCUGGUACCCACAAUAACGAUGGUUCCCGGCCUGAUAUUGUCAACAAUAUUAAUGUACAGACUGGUCAUUAUACUGGAUAUAAUGUUCCACCACCAGUAGCAGACAAUGCUCAAUAUAAUCAGACACAAAUAGUGAAUGAACAAGGUUACCAUGGAUAUCAAGAUCAGCAAUAUAUUCCUCAGCCCACGCCUUCAAAUUUAGUUAAAAGUGGUAGUUAUAAUUCUAUAUCUGGUGAUCAACCGCCAAAUAUGAAUUCACAAGAGUUUCUACAACCGCCACAAGACGCCAAAGAAGGCAUUCGAAUCAUUACAAAAAAGUAUGACUCCUUAAACAAGCUAACAGUGUCCCCGCAAAAAUCUCCACUUGGGUCGCCUUCUAGUGACGGAGGAACGUUUUCAUUUGCGGACAUGAUAAUGUCGCAAAAGUAUCGGGAAGGUGUGACUGAACAGGAUCUAUUACAAGUGGAUACGUUUUAUAGAAGUCAUAAGUCAGAAGUGUUUGUAUGUGGUUGUUUAGUCAACAUGUAUUUCGGAUCAAGUAAAGCCGCUCUAGAUAACGAACAAUGGACAUUCUCUACUACGGGCAUUCCCCUAUUAUUACUUGAUUCAGGGGAGCACCACAGAGAAAGAAAAUUAUAUAUAAUAUUGGCAGAAAAGGGGACUGGUUUCACAAUGUGGCGGGAUGUGAUAGAUAACCAGACUGGUUACCGGACGCCAAAUGCUAACUUUCAUACAAUGCAUACAUCAAAAGACCAUUCACAACUAGCUGGAUUUAGUUUCGACGAUGCUAAAGCUGCAUCCGAAUUUUAUGGUCAUAUACACAAACUUACUGCUGACCCAGAGGACGAUCUGCUGAAAAUCGGCAAAACUAAAAAGAAAAAGUCUAUUAAAGACAAGAAAAAGAAAUUCAAAUUACCUAAAAAGGCAGAAAUUUCACAACCAUGUUGUUUUGUGCACGUGACUAAACUAGAUCGACCAAUGACAGAAGACAAUGAAUCAAGUUCAUCUGCGAAAGGCGCAAAUUCGAAUGAAAUUUCGGCGCCAUAUAAUUUUCAGCACGUGACAGGCCCACCCGGAAGCGGAAAUGAUUUAUCAAAUUUAAUGGGAAGUAAAUUAACAUUGACUAGCACUAGCAGCGUAGAUUCCGGUUUGUCAGAGGACAGGGGUUCAUCAAAGACAGGAAAUUGAUAUAAAUAGGCACUGAUAGUGAAAAUACCUCUCUAGUCAUAUAUCAUUCAAACAGAAAUAAACUUCCGGUUAAGGACUACUAUUAAGACACCUAACUUCUUUUAAAGUCGUAUUUAUUUUAUCUUUUGUGAAAUGGCUGCUUGGUUAGGUUUUGUAACGUUACUAAGUUACAUAGGAAGCCAUUUAUAAUAUUACAAGAUAUUGACAGUUUUUUCAUUUCGUUUCUUGAUGAAACAAAUAUUCUCAUAGAGUAGAUAUUAUUACAUUUUGUUAAAGUUUAUUUUGAUUUUGUACGAAAUUUGGAAAUACAAUGUAUCUUCUCAUAAUUAACCCAUAACGCUGACACUAACAUAAGCUGUUUCUGUUUUUCAUACAUUUUAUCUUUGGCACUGUGGAUUUGUUUAGACAACAAAUAAUACUACGUUUAAUCGGAAGAAGAGUUGACGAAUUAAUUAUUCUACACUGUAGUACCAUAACGCAUUUAAAAUGACAGUCAAAUGUAAUAUUGAUAUCAUUUAAAGCUCACCACGUUAAACUUCUUUGCUUCAGUUUUUUUGUUAGUUUUCCAUUGUAAAUAAGUGAAGUUUAUAAGUUUAUAAAUAUUCAGAAAAGCUUAGAAUACGGACAGAAAUAAAAUUGUGUCAUAUUUGAGAAGGCUGCUUUAAUAUAUGUAGAAAUUGAUCAUACAUGGAAAGUUUAUUUAAAUAGUUACUACAGUAGCAUGGAAUAUCAUAGUUCUAAUUUAUGCAUCAGCUCAAUCGUGCAAUAAUCAUCUGCUGUAACUUUUACACUCUAUAAAUAUAUAUUUAUAAACAUUGUGCCUUUAAUAUCA